UCACUCCUUCAUUACCCCAAAUAACUCGCUCUAAGUAAGCCCUAAUUACUGCUAAGCAACUUGAGGGUGAAAGAAAUGAAGUGUUCUAGAUCUUCUUCAACACUCGCUCUCUUUCUCUGCCUCAAUCUGCUUCUCUUCGUGUCAACUUCAAGUGGUUGCUUUUUCACUUGCCCACAGCCAAAGCCUAAGCCAACUUACAACUCUAGUCCUGCAGCCAAGAGCUGUCCCAGAGAUGCACUGAAGCUAGGAGUGUGUGCGAACAUUCUAAACGGACCAGUUGGUGCAGUGGUGGGGUCCCCACCAGACCACCCAUGUUGCUCACUGCUUGAAGGGCUCGUGGAUCUUGAGGUUGCUGUUUGUCUGUGUACCGCUAUUAAAGCUAACAUUCUCGGCAUUAACAUUAACAUCCCCAUUUCUCUGAGCUUGCUUCUCAAUGCCUGCGAGAAGAAUCCUCCAAAAGAUUUCCAAUGCGCUUAAGCUACGCUAGCUAGCUUCGCCAAUAAUAAUGAUAGUAUUGUUAAUUAAGCAUUAGGUCAUCUUAUUUGAUGGUCCUGUUUCAUUAAUUAUUGUGUCUUUAACAAUGUGUGUUUGGAUGGGUGUCAAGUGUUUGCUACUAGUUCUAACUCAGUAUUUAGUAAUCCUUGCACUGAGGUAUUGUUAUUGUCAUUGGAAUUGUAACUGCAAUUGCACUUUCUAAUUUUAGUUUGAAUUACUUCAA